ACCCGGAAGUUGUUUGCCAUCGGAAAGUGUCUUCGUCGAAUUGUAUCGCGUUUUUAAUGCGCUAUUAAUGUUAUUUUUUGUUUGUUUUUAUUAAAAUAUAGUUUUGAAAUGAACGUCUUAAUGUCACGCAGUGGCGACUCCUCGUGGCUGUUGUGACAAUCACGCGACAACGUAGCUCUCCUCGUUUGGCAGGUGAAGCCCCUCCGCUCGCUCGCAGCCAUUGUGUAGCCAAGCGGUUAACGUAUUAGCUGCGAGCGCAAUUUUCUUUAUGCGGGCGGAAAACGCACAAGGCGCAGACAUGCCGACUCUGAAGAUGAUCUCCGUGACUGACACGCAGUAUUCAGCUUCCUUGCUUAAAUCGAUGAACGAGCAGCGGAAUAGCGGAUUAUUUUGCGACGUCACCAUUAUUGUUCAAGACAAGAAGUUUCGUGCUCACAAGACCAUGCUGUCUGCGUCAAGUACAUAUUUCCAUCAGCUGUUUGUGGUCGCUGGCCAAGUCAUUGAACUCAACUUCAUCCGGGCGGAGAUCUUUGAGUACAUCCUCAAUUACAUUUACAGCUCCAAGAUCGUACGUAUUCGCUCGGACUUGCUGGAAGAGUUCAUGAGCGCCGGGCAGUCGCUUGGGGUGAAGUUUAUCGCGAACCUGGCGGUCCCACUAUCUCAAGUCCAAGGUUUGCCAGGUUUGUCCAGAGAGGAAGGUUCCCAAAGCCAAACACUGUCGGAGAUGAAUAUGCCCAUCAUUUCGGAGUCCUACUCCAUAUCGACGGAGGAGUUCCAGCAGUCGAGCAACAUGGCAGAUAAGGACGGGGACUCAGAUGAUGAUGUCAUGUUUGUCUCAGAGACUGAUGCCAGAUCGCGAAAACCCAGCAAAGCUUCAGAUGAGGUCAUUUACGUGGAUACAGUGGCCUCAACUCAAGGGGAAAAGGCGCAAAGCGAAGAAUCCACAAAUGCAGAAUUAAAAGAAGCACCCACAGGAACGCAAGAUCUAAAGCUUCCCGACAGAAGCCCUCUGCGUAGUCCGGACAGCAGCUCCAAUAAUGUCAAUUCCCCUGCCAGAGUGUCUUCCAGAAGCACUCCCACCACGCCGGCAAGGGCCAGUAGCUUCACCCCCGAGCUGCUCAGUGCCUCUCAACCGUCUGGAAACAGUGACAAAAUGGAGAACACUGACAUAUUGGGAGUCCACAAAAAGCAAAUUUCCACUUCACCUCAGCAAGGAGAUUUCAAAAUUAGGCUGUUGGACAUCUCGGAAAGCCCUUCGAGUCAAAAAAAUCAAGUCAAACCCACGAUGGCAAUGAAAAAGACGGUCACGCUUAAUGCAGCCACAGAAAUUGAUUCCCUUUCCUCAGAUUGUAAAGUUUAUGCUAAUAUUGGGGAGGACACUUACGACAUUGUGCCACUGAAGGAGGAUCCGGGAGAGGGCGGCUCCAAAACCAACAAAGGGAAGCGAUCCAUACCGGAAAUUCUUGAGAAUCUGAAGACCUCUCCAAACAAGAAAAAGUCAAAAUCAGACUCUGAGGACCACUAUGAGCUAAUCAUGGAUGGCAAGACUUUCUACGUGUGCACCGUAUGUAAGCGUCCUUACGUGUGUCGGACCAGCCUGCGCCGUCACUUCAACACACACUCGUGGGAAAGGAAGUACCCAUGCCACUACUGCGACAAAGUUUUUGCCUUGGCUGAGUACAGGACUAAACAUGAAAUCCAGCACACGGGGGAAAGGCGCUACCAGUGCCUGAUGUGCCUCAGCACCUUCCUUAACUACCAGCUGCUCUCUAACCACUGCAAGCAAGUCCAUAAUGUGGACCCCAGCGGGAAGAAGGCCAAAGACAGGGAAGACAACAUUUACCGCCUGCUCCCCUGCAAGUCGACGCAGAUGAAGCCAUACUCUUGGACCUCGGAAGGAUCGGCCGUGCCGUUCUUCGGCGGGGACGGUGGCAUGCAUCAUAUGGCCCCCGGCCAGGAGGGUGCCCACCCACCUGCCCAGAGCCACGUGUUGAACUGGGACGACAUUUUCGAGCCUGACGAGCAAAUGCUGAUGGGCCGACCUGUGGCACCCAUGAAUGUUAGCCCCCCUGACAGCAAAUCGGACUUCAAUUUUAACAUUCCGGAGACAUACUGAACCACUCCAGACUGCACCAUCACUCGUGCCUUUUUGGAGGCCCCCCGCUUGGACUUCCACUCCUCCUCUGUGGAUCUUUGGGGUUUUUUUUUUUUCUGCGGUAGUCUGGAUGUGUGAAUGUGACUGCAUAUAUCACUGCACUCCUUUUUAAUUUUAGUCUGUGUCCACAACAACCCUGAUCACCUGCAUUUCUAACGAGACUGGCAUUUUACACAGUUAAUAACCAGACGUGAACUUUCUUAGGUUCUCCUGACAGUGUUGAUAUUUGCUGCCCGAGUAUUGCCUUCUAGGUCAUGUUUACUAAAACUGUGUUUCUGAAAUCAUAGUACGCAACGGCACACACUUUACAUAAGAAAAUCACUCAAGCAAAGCACCAAACGAAAAUCUCUGGAAAAAAAGUCUAUAAUGAAUCCCGAUAAAAAUGACCUUAUCACACUUCACUUAAAAGUAUACUUACUGUUUACAUUUGGUGUACUUAAAAGUAUACUUAGUGUGAAAUAUGUUGAGUUGAACACAAAGCAUUUUUUUUGUUGUUUUUUUUUUUUUUUUUUUUGUAGAAAUGGGCAACGGGUGGAUGAGUACUUUCGUAUUUGUAUUUGUACCUUCUCCUAUGCAGGGGGCAAAAAAAAAAGUAUUUAAUCCAAUUGUGCAAGAUCUCCCACUUAAAAAAAUUAUAGGCCUGUAAUAUUCAUCCUAGGUAUACCUCACCUCUGAGAGACAAAAUGAGAGAAAAAUCCAGAAAAUCACAUUCUAAUUUUUUUUUUUUUCUAAAUCAAAUUAUGAUGUAUUUUGUCAAAAAUGAAAAUUGACUCCAGUACUUUGUUUUAUACUCUUUGCUGGCAAUGAGAAAGGUCAAACGUUUCAUGUAAGCCUUGACAAGGUUUCCAUACAGUCUCACUGGUAUUUUGGCCCAUUCCUCCAUGCAGAUCUCCUCCAGAGGAGUGAUGUUUUUGGGCUGUUGCUAAGCAAGAGACUUUCAACACCCUCCAAAGAUUUUCUCUGGGGUUGAGACCUGGAGACUGGCUAGGCCACUCCAGGACCUUGAAAUGCUUCUUAUGAAGCCACUCCUUCGUUCCCCGGGCGGUGUGUUUGGGAUCAUCUUCCUAUUGAACGACCCAGCCAUGUUUAAUUUUCAGCGCCCUUGCUAAUGGAAGGAAGUUUUCAUUCAAAAUCCCACGAUAGAUGUCCCCAUUCAUUCUUUCCUUUAUGUUGAUCAGUCAUCCUAGUCCCUUUGCAGAAAAACAGUCAAAGCAUGAUGUGUACAUCCCCAUCCUUCACAGUAUGUAUGGUGUUCUUUGGAUGGAACUCAGCAUAGUUUCUCCCUAAAACACGACAAGUUAAGUUUCUACCCAAAAGUUUUAUUUUGGUUUCAUUUGACCAUAUGAUAUUCUGCCAAUCCUCUUCUGGAUAAUCCAAAUGCUCGCUAGCAAACUUCAGACGGCCUUAGACAUGUAUUGUCUUAAGCAAGGUGACACAUCUGGCACUGUAGGAUCUGAGGCCCUGGCAGUGUUAUUGUCCCAGCUCUCUGCAGGUCAUUCACUAAGUUCCCCUGAGUUUUUCUGGAAUUUAUGCUCAUUAUUCUUGUAAUCAUUUUGACUCCACUGGGUGAGAUUUUGCAUGGAGCUCCAGAUUGUGGGAGUUCAUCAAUGGUCUUGCAUGUCUUCCAUUUUCUAAUAUUUGCUUCCACAUUUGAGUUCCUCACAACAAGCUGCUUACCUGUUGCAGAUUCAGUCCUCUUAGCCUGGUGUAGGUCUACAAUUUUGUUUUUGAUAUCCUUUGGUCUUGGUCAUGGGGAAGUUUGAGUGUGACAUUUUGUAGACAGACUUUAUACUGAUGAGUUAAAAAAAACGUUGCAUUAAAACAGUCAAUGAGUGGAGGAGAGAGGUUAAGAUCUUAAAGAAGAAAUUACAGGUUUGUGAGAGCCAGAAAUCUUGCUUGUUUACAGGGGACCAAAUACUUGUUUAACUGGGAGAACUUUCACUAUUGGUGACUGACAAAAUAUUUUUUCCCCUGCUGUAUCAUUGUGGAAGAGAACUGGUUUGUCAGAUACAUCGACAUAGAUGAACAUACCAUCCAUCCAUGCAUUUUUACAUCAGUACUGUACUGGAUCCUAUCCCAGCUAACUGGGAAGGAGGCAGGGUGCACCCUGAACUGGUCGCCAGCCAAUUGCUGGGUAUAUAUAAAAUAACUAUUCAUGCGCACAUUCACGUUUUUGGGAUGUGGGAGCAGGCGACUACACUGAGAACACACAGAGGCACAGGAGAACUUAAAACUCCACACAGACGAGGCUGGAUUUGAACCUGCGACCUCAGAACUGUGAGGUACAGACACAUAAUAUACACACACAGUGUCUCAAAAAAGUAUUCAGACCUCUGUAAAUUUUUCACUCUUUGAAAGAUUAAGAAGAAGAUAUAUUGCACCCAUUUCCUAAGACCAUUUUUUAUUUUUUCUACAUAAAUGUACACACAGCACCCAAUGUUGACCAAAAAAAUAUUGAAUUGUUGAAAUUUUUGCAGAAUUAUCAAAAAAGAAGAACUCAAAUAUCCCACAGCCACAAGUAUUCAAACCCUUUCCUCAGGAUUUAGUAGAGGCGCCCUUUUGUGCUAAUACAGCCAUUAAGUCAUUUGGGAAUGAUGAAAAAUCGAUUUUUUUUUUUGCCAUUGCAUAUUCUCUCCAGUUAUGUCGUGUUUGAUGUUGAACGUUGGUGGACAGCCAUUUUCAGGUCCCUCCAGAGAUGCUCAAUUGGGUUUAAGUCAGGGCUUUGACUGGGCCAUUUUAUAAAAGUCCGAGUUAUUUUAGCUAAGCUUGGGGUCAUUGACGGAUGAUGAGCAUAGCCUGUUUUUCUAGAUGCAUACUGCUUAGAAUUAAGGCCCCAAAAAAAUCAAUCUUGGUCUCAUAAGACUAGCGAAUCUUAUUUCUUACUAUCUAUCUUGUACUUCUUCAGGUGUUUGUAGCAAACUACGUGCAGGCUUUAAUGAGUCUUGUACUGAGGAGAGGCUUCCGUUGUCCACUGUGCCAUAAAGGCCUAACUGGUGGAGGGUUGCAAUGGUGGUUAACUUUCUAGAACUUUCUUGCGUCUCCCGACUACAUCUCUGGAACUCAGCCGCAGUGAUCUUGAGGGUCUUCUUGACCUCUCUCACCAUGGCUCUUCUCCCACAGUUGUCCAGUUCGGCCAGACAGCCAGCUUGAGGGAAGGUUGUGGUCAUCCCAAACGUCUUGCAUUAAAGAAUUAUGGAGGCCACAGUGCUCUUAGGAACCUUAAAUGCAGAUUUUUAAUUUUAUUCUUUUGUAACCCUGACCAGAUCUGUGGCUUGCCACAAUUCUAUCUCUGACCUCUUCAGGCAGUUCCUUUGAUCACAUGAAUACUCAUUUGCUCUGAGGUUCACUGAGAGCUGUAAGGUCUUAUAUGGAAAGGUGUGUGGGGGGCUUUCUUAAUCAAUUCUAAUCAGUAUAGUCAAACAUAGCUGGACUACACUAAAAGUAUAGAACCAUCUCACGGAUGAUCAGAAUAGAUGGACGGAAACCAAGUUAAAUAUGAGUGUCACAGCAAAGGUUCUGCAUACUUAUGGUUGGAUAUUUCAGUUUUUCUUUUUUAAUCUGCAAAAAUGUUAUUUUUUUUUGUCAAUAUGGGUUCCAAAGUGUAUAUUAUUGAGGGGAAAAUAACUAAUGAUUUAAGCAAAUGGCUGCAAUAUAGCAAAGAAUGAAAAUUCAAAAGGGGUUCUGACCAUAUAUAACUUAUAAAAUAUACAUAUACACAGAGGCACAGCUGAACAAAACACAAGUGUAGUAUAUAAUUUUCUGACCAAUUAUGUGAAAUUGGAUUCUUUCUCACAGCAAUACUCACAUCGGUUCAAUAAAACUACUAAAUUAAAGCAUGUCAAACCAUGGAUGAUCUAGCUUGAGAAGGUUUUUUUUUUUUUUAAAUAUAUUAGUGUUUCUAUUUGAUUUUUAAAAACAUUCUGGAAGUUUCAACAGAAUAAUAUUACUGCUCCGAUCAUUCCACAUUCCCCGAUUGACAUAUCUUUGCACAAAAUAGUAUUAUCUGAAAGAUUUAUAUUUUAUUAUCUGCAAGCCCACACAGGUAUCACGGAAGGUAAUGAGUAGGUAAUUAAAGUUGAACUUUCCAGUUUAACUCUUUCUAAUUCUCGUUUUUCAUGGCCAAAAUGUGUGCGUUACUUGCGUUUAGAAGAGUCAACACUUAGAUGAUUAAUGGAAUGGUAGCACUUAGAAUUUUGUUCUUGGGAUGGCUUCUUUUGUUGUUCUUAGUUUGGACUUUUCACUGUGAGUGUCGUGAUGAGAAAACAGGUAGCACUGGUAGGGACGUUCGACGUCUGGUCAUUGGCAAUGAACAGAUUAACGUUGGUGUGUGAGAGAUGUACAGUAUACAUUUUUGUGUAAUGCUCUUUUUUUUGUAGCCCCACACUUGCUUUUCUUCUAUGAAUUGUUGGUGCUGUGUUUAAAAAAAAAAAAAGAAAGUUCCUUUUUAUGAAUGGAAGUCUGAUGACAAUAAAUUAUUACUUAACUGUU